UUUGCUCAAAGUUUUCGUUUAAUUUGAUAUUAAAAAUUGAAUGUGUUCCGAUUAUUAUUUUAUGUGUGAUGGAUUCGGCAUUAACAAAUAGGCGGCGACGACGAUUUGCACAGAAAACUUACACGCAUUUCUUUCUUCUGCUAUUUGUGGCAAUUAUCCAAUGGAUAGUUAUAUGCUCAAUAGAAUAUGUUCGUGAGGUUCUGUAUGAUUGUGAGAUAAUAUGCACCAGUUGCUUUGUCCUUGCCAUUUGUCUCUUCACGUUAUUCACAUUCUUUGAAAAAUUGCGACUAAUGGGUGCAAUUAGUAUAUUGUUAUCCUUGAUAAUAGUCGAAUUGGAAAUAAUCUCGCUAUUUGUUUUAAUUGUGCGUUCCUGCUGGAGCGAAAUACUGAUAUACUAUUUAAUUUGUGCAGUUGUUGUUGUUUUUGGCUUAUUUAUUGCCUGUUGCACACCUCUUCAUUUGGAUAUCACACGAAAUAUGUCGCUUGUGUUUGUAUUGAGCUAUAUUUUAAUAUUUUGUUCGGUAUAUUUUCUUAUGUCAAGCAUUCAAGUGAAGGACUCAAGUCGGCCAAUUGCAUUUUGUUGCUUUAAUAUGAUUUUAUCUGCAACAAUGUUUAUGUUUGUAGUCUUUUAUGGCCAGUCCAUAGAGGAAGUUAUUUUAGAUCCUGCACUGAACAAACAAUUGAUGGCCACUGUAAAUGAUUAUAAGGACUAUUCGGAUGAGCUGCCAGAGAUUGUAUAUGAUGAAGACGAUUCCAAGAAUUAAUUGCAUUCCAACAUUCAAACCUAAUAGUAAAGAUUCAAGAAAUAAAGUCAAAUAUAUAUUUUCAAAAUCUUCCAACUCUAUCUAAAAAUAAGUCAUAGACUUUUCAUUGGUAGGAUUAUCAAUUGAAUUUUCACGUGGUGUAUGACUAGGAAAGUGAAAUGAAAUAUAAUCAUAAAGUUUUCAUCAACAUAGCUUUGAUAAUCUUUUAACAUUAAUAUUUACAAAAGCAAGAAAUAGAAAGCGAAACAUAAAAUAUUAGUUUGUUUUUUUUUUGUCAAUAUGCAUUACGAUUUGCGCUCUUAUCGUCAGGCACGACGACAAUUCUCUGUGAGGACUUAUAUGUAUCUUGCCAUUUGGUUUAUAUUGGCUCUAAUACAAUGGCUAAUUGUUUGCAUGAUACAGGAGGGACGUCAAAAGUUUCGUGAUUUAUAUUAUAUAUGUUUUAUCACCUUUACUUUGGGCAUUUUAAUGUUUACCAUUUUCAUAUUUUGCGAAAGACUACGCUACGUAAAGUUCAUAAAUUGUCUUUUCAGUUUAAUUAUAGUCGAAUUACAGAUUAUAUCGCUGUUUGGCUUGGUUGUUUACAGUUGGUGGCCCGAUGUUUUGGCAUUUUUUGGCCUAUGUGUUUUAAUCAUUUUCUUAUGCCUAGUCAUAGGUGCAGCUCUGCCUAGACAUAUGGAUCUUACUUUAGAUGUGGCAGUUCUUUUCAUUGUAGCCUUUGUAUUUUUAAUGGUUUCUGUCUUUUUUCUCUUAUUCCUUCUGAUUGUGUGGGAUACGAUACCAUAUGCAUAUAUAGUUGUCGAAUUAGCCAUUAGCUUAACCAUUAUGUUUUUUGUGAUGUAUCAUGCGCAAACGAUUCAUGGCAAUCGUUUUGCUGAAAUGCGAUUAGAUGAUUUUCUGCUGGGUUCUUUAAUACUGUUUCACGAUUUUCUCAUCAUUUAUUGGUUGACUUUCUAUUGGCAAAUUCGUUAUAGACCUGUGACAUCUGAUUCUUAUCUGGCAACUUCGCCACGCACACCAACAAAUAAAUCCAAAGAGUAUGUUAUGAACACCACCACACCUGAUGAUCUUGGAGUUACAGUUGCCCCUUUGAAUUUAACCACCAAAGAAGGGAAUAAAGAUGACAACAAACGAAUUGGUUAUGCAUUUUAUGAUCAAGAUAAACAAAAAGAUAGGGACAGAGAUCGUAUUGAUAUAGAAGAUUGGUCACCAAGCGUGUCUAACGAUAGAAAAGAAUCUGAUCAAGUUGCCGAUUCUAAUGAUGACAGAAAUGAACCAGCACCAGACCGGAGCGAUUGGUCCGUUUAUCGAAAUCGUAAAAAAAAUCGUCCAUUUGAUGAUAGAACUCAUAGAGGCAAACCAAAAAAUCCACCUGUUGAUGAUGAAUGGCAAGAUACAAAUCUACAUAAUAAUCAUGAUCUUUCGCCCAAACAUAAACAUCAUGACGCCAAUCAGCGGGUUCCACAUCAUCAUAGGGAUAUUGAAUCAAAUGAUGAUUGGAUACUGACAACUCACGAUGAUAUAAAUGAUGAAAUCCUGGCACAGCCUAAAAAUACAAGAUUCCAUUCGCAUCAGGAGAGAAAAUACAAAAAGCAUCCAAGGAAUCAAAUCAAUUAUAAACAUGAAGAUGUAGCAAAUCUAGCACAAAGUUCUGAAAGUCCAAAACGGCUAGAAAUUGUUGAAAACUUUAAGGACGAAGUAGAAAUUCUAUCAACGGACGAUAAUAAAGAUCAAGAUGAAGAACUAAUUGAUGAAGAAACCGUAACAACUAUAGAAAGAUCAGAUAUAGAGGAAGUAGCAGAAGCAAUACACGACAAACAUGAAUUCAUUAAUCUAAACAAGGGCACACGAAAAUUUGACCUAUAAUAAGAGGCGAAAGGUGAAGGGGUAGGAUUAGAGGAGGAGAAAAAAGAGAACGAAAUGAGGGAGCAUUAAAUAUAUACUCAUUAUUUAUUGUGUAUAAACAUAA